AACCUAAAAAUUUUGUACUUGUUUUUUGUAAACUUUGUUCAUUCGUCAUUUCUGGUUAUUGUGCAUUGCUUUAUUUCAACUUAAAAAAAAAACAGUUCUUAUCAGAACUCAUUGUAUAACUUUUUGAUUAAAUAUGGAUGCUACUCCAAGUACCAGCGGUCUUUCUUCUCCACUAAAAAGACGGAAAUUGAUAAGUUUGGGUCAUUUAUCACUAAACAAAAAACAGAGUAUGAUAAAUUUGUAUAAACAAAUUUUAACUGAUCAACCAAAAAUCAAGUUUACUGCUGUCGUGUCUAAAAUUGUUACAACGAUGGGGAUUGCGAAAUCGACUGUGUAUCGUACGAUAAAAGAAUAUCGAAGUACGGGAACAGUUGUUAGUCCAAAACAUUCUGGAGGUUGUCCAGGCCUUGUUAAAACAUUUGAUGAAACUAGUAAAAAUAUCAUUCGACGAAUUGUACAUAGUUUCUUUCUUAAAAACGAGAUCCCCACAUUGAACAAAAUUUUAAAUGAAAUUAAGAAAAACAUGGAUUUACAAAAUGUCUCUCAUUCAUCAUUAUACAAACUUAUGAAAGAAAUCAAUUUCAAAUAUUUGAAAAGAAGCCGUAAGAGUGAUUUAAUAGAACGUGAUGAUAUUGUAAGGUGGAGAUACUCAACAUCUAUCAAACGUUACAGGUCAGAAGGUAGACCACUCUAUUAUUUAGAUGAAAAAUAAAAUCCUUAUACUUUUCGUUUAAUAUGUUUCUUAGGUUAAUAUUCAAUGUUAUAGUUUAAUAUUGCACUUUGUAGUUAUUACAUUAUAAAAGAAAUUUUACAUUAACAAACAAUACCAAAGAGUUAAAGUGUUUAGUAAAAACCAAAUAAAAAUUUCAAAAUAAUAAAAA